UUCUUCUGCUCUGAUCUGAUAUCGAACUUCUUCGAACCUGCUGGACUGAGGGUUUUUCUUUAAUACGGUGCAUCUGAGAGCUCUUCCUCUUUGGGAGGGGUACAUUGAACAAUGCCAGAACCCACUAAGAAAUCAGAAGGGAAAGAUGAGAGACCAAACCCAAUACCUGAAGCUCAAACUGAAAAUGUUCCAGAGAGCUCUUCUUCGCCAGAGCCAGCAGGAGAGCUAAAGGAUGAUGCACCUUUUAGCACCUCUGAUAAAGAGGAUGAUCUUGCGGCAAGUACCCCAUCUCCACAGCCUCCAUCAGAUGACGUCAGUGCUGGUCAAAAGCAAACUGAACUUCCUAAUGAUAAUCUCCCCGAGUCGGGCACAGGAAGAAAAGACUCAGUAUGGUCUCUUGGGGAAGCCCCUCCUGAUGAUAUCGACAAGCAUGAGAACACCCAGCGUUCAACUCUGCUGAUUGAGAAGCCCCAGAGUAGGUCAGUCACUGUAGGUGGUGAUACUACUUUUAUAGCAAAGGUUGAAGCAAAAGACCUUCUAAGAAAACCCACAAUUAAGUGGUUUAAAGGAAAAUGGAUGGAUCUUGCAAGCAAAACUGGAAAACAUCUCCAACUGAAAGAAUCAUAUGAUCGUGUACAAAAGAUUCAUACAUUUGAAAUGCACAUCAUCAAAGCAAAGGAAAAUUAUGCUGGGAAUUACCGUUGUGAAGUAACAUACAAGGAUAAAUUUGAUAGCUGUUCUUUUGAUUUGGAGGUUAUAGAGGUUCCAGAAGUUUCACAAAAUAUUGACAUCCGUUCAGCUUUUAAACGAAGUGGUGAAGGUCAAGAAGAUGCUGGAGAGCUCGACUUUAGUGGUCUUCUUAAACACAGAAUGAACAGGGAACAAAAAGAAGAACCUGUGGAGGAAAUUGAUGUUUGGGAGUUGCUCAAGAACUCCCCUCCUCAAGAAUAUGAAAAGAUUGCAUUCACUUAUGGGAUCACUGAUCUGAGGGGCAUGUUGAAAAGAUUAAAGCGCAUUAAGCGGGAAGAGAAGAAAAGUGAAGCAUUUGCCAAGAAAUUAGAUCCUGCAUACCAAGUAGACAAAGGUGGGAGAAUCAGAUUUGUUGUAGAGCUCGCUGAUCCAACUCUGGACCUAAAAUGGUACAAAAAUGGCCAGGAGAUACGCCCCACCCCAAAUCAAAAAAAGUACAUCUUUGAACAUAAGGGUACCGAGCGCAUCCUGAUUAUUAAUAACUGUACGCUGGCAGAUGAUGCAGCUUAUCAGGUCACAGCAGGGGAUGACAAGUGUACCACUGAAUUGUUUGUAAAAGAAUUACCAGUAACAAUAACUAAGGAACUUGAAGAUGUAAAAACAACAGUUAAUGAAAGAAUAGAGCUUGAAUGUGAAGUGUCUGAGGAGGACGCUAACGUUAAGUGGUUUAAAAAUGGAGUGGAAAUUCCCAGGGAAAUUCGCUCUAAGUUCAGAUUUAAGACUGAAGGUUUAAAACACAUGCUAAUUAUUGAUGAUGCAAUGAGGGAAGACUCUGGUGUGUACACAGUGAUGACUACAGGAGGAGAGACAAAAGCUCAUGUAAAAGUGGACCUAAAACCCUUAAAAAUACUACAAGACUUAACUGACCAAACAGUAAGACUAGGGAAAUCAGUAAAUCUUCAUUGUGAAAUAAAUCCUGGUAAUGUACCUGGAAGGUGGUACAAGAAUGGACAGCUGAUCCAAGGAGGAGACCGUAUCAAGAUCAUUCACAGAGGAAGGAACCACAGGCUAGAAAUAGAAAAUGCAGGAGUCGAUGAUGAGGGUGACUAUACUUUUGUUCCAGAAGGCUAUACUGUAAGCCUGUGCAGUAAAAUCCAUGUUAUCGAUCCCCCAAAAAUUCAUCUUGACAGUCUUAAUUUCACUGACAAUACAGUAACAGUGGUAGCAGGAAACAAGCUGCGCCUGGAGAUACCAAUUUCUGGAGAGCCUGCUCCUAAGGUUUUGUGGAAGAAAGGAGAUAGGCCAAAAUUCCACUAUACCCACUACCUAUCUAUGACACCAGUCAUACGACAAGCAAACCUUCAGAAUGACAGCGUAAUUAUGGAUACAGGUGGCCGAGUUCGUGCUGAGAAUUUCCCUGACCAUAGCACCUUUACUAUAGAUGCAGCAGAAAGAGAGGAUACUGGAACGUAUACAAUUUUACUGCAGAAUGAAGCUGGUGAGGAUUCUGCACAGAUCAAAAUAAAAGUAGUAGAUGUUCCUGACCCUCCUCCUCCACCUACAGUAACUGAAGUUGGAGGUGACUGGUGUUCAAUGAUUUGGGAGCCACCAGUAUAUGAUGGAGGCUCAGCAAUUUCAGGCUACUUCAUUGAAAGAAAGAAAAAGCAAAGUUCGAGGUGGAUGAGACUGAAUUUUGAUCUUUGUAAAGAAAUGGCCUUUGAACCUAAGAAAAUGAUUGAAGGUGUUCCCUAUGAAGUUCGAGUAUUUGCUGUGAAUACAAUAGGUACUUCCAGGGCCAGUGAACCUUCAAAAGCAUUUAUCCCUCUUGCUGUAACCAGUGAACCCACAAUGCUGGUAGUAGAUGGAGUAACUGAUACAACAGUUACAAUGAAAUGGAGACCACCAGACACAAUAGGAGCUGCAGGACUUGAUGGUUAUGUAGUAGAGUACUGCUUUGAAGGAACUGAAGAAUGGAUAGUCGCCAAUGAAGACCUGACAGAAAAGACAAGGUAUACAAUUACUGGCUUGCCCACAGGUGAAAAGAUCUUUGUCAGGGUAAAAGCAAUCAAUGCAGCAGGUGCCAGUGAACCAAGAAUGCACCCACAUCCAAUUCUUGUGAAAGAAGUCAUUGAAAAACCCAAGAUUCGUCUUCCCAGGCAUCUUAAGCAAACUUACAUUCGAAGAGUUGGAGAAGUGGUAAACCUACUUAUACCUUUUCAGGGUAGACCAAGGCCUAAAGUGAGCUGGUCAAAGAAUAAUUUACCAGUAGACCCAAGCCAGGUUAGCAUUCGUAACAGUGAAAGUGACAGCAUUAUCUUCAUCCGGAAAGCUGAGAGAAAACAUUCUGGAAAAUACCAGAUGAUUGUUCAAGUAGAGAAUUAUCAAGACAAAGCUACAAUAGACAUUCAAAUUGUGGACCGACCUGGGCCUCCCCAGAUUGUGAAAAUCGCAGAAGUCUGGGGUGAAAAUGUUGCCCUGGAGUGGACUCAGCCUAAAGAUAGUGGCAAUGCACCUAUUACAGGCUACACCAUUCAGAAGGCAGAUAAAAAGACAAUGGAGUGGUUUACCAUAAUUGAACAUUAUCACCGAACCAACAUUACAAUAACAGAGCUUGUCAUUGGGAAUGAGUACUAUUUCAGAGUGUAUUCAGAAAACAUGUGUGGCCUCAGUGAGGAUGCUACAGUAACCAAAGAUUGUGCCAUCAUUGUGAAAGAAGGAUCUAAUUAUAAGAAUCCAGACUAUGAAGACUUUGAUUUCACAGAAGCUCCAAAAUUUACUCAUCCCCUUGUGAAUACUUUUGCAGUUGCAGGAUAUAAUGCAACUUUGAAUUGCAGCGUACGCGCAAAUCCACGGCCAAAGGUAAUGUGGAUGAAAAAUAAAAUCAUCAUCACAGAUGAUCCACGCUACAGAAUGUUCAGUAACCAGGGCGUAUGCACCCUUGAGAUUCGGAAGCCCAACCCUUAUGAUGGUGGCACCUAUUCAUGCAAAGCUAUUAAUGAUUUGGGUGAGGCAGAAGUAGAGUGUAAGCUGGAAGUGAAAGGUGGGUUUACAUUCUAUGAGCUUAUGCAACAGGGGGUGCCUUUACACCUCAUUAAUAACUACAUGAAUGAGAUGAAGAACUCUGAACAGGACAAGAAAUGAGCACCUGAUGUUUAUUCAGGAUCAGAUUCAUCACCAUCAAUCAGCUAUUUGCUGUUAACAUGCUUCUUCAUCCAUAUUGAAGGUGUAGCCCCUGUAUGCUCAAACAAUGUGCAGUAAAACUAAACAUGGGUGACUGAAUUUUUCUCUGACUGUUGUACAUUUCUCUUUUUAAGUUUGUUGUUUAACAUUUAAAGCAUGGAAUCUGGUGUUUAACAUAUACCAUGUAACUAUUGCAUCAGACCUCUAAUAGCAGGGAAACGUAGAGGGAGAAAGAGCAAGUAAGAGUGAGAGAAAUGCUAUAAAUGGGAGGCUGAUCAACAGUAUUGCUUUCCAAAACUUGUGAAUGUUCUACAGUCAAAUUAAUUUUACAAACCCAUCUUAGAACUUCAGAUGAGUUCCUUGAAACCCAAAUGUGGUCACCAGGGACAUCAAGACGUUUAUCCUCCAUCUGCUUAAGCAUGCAGAAAGAAAAUCAUAAUAAAUGCAAUCAGUGCUAGAUGACUGCUGACAGCCCUUCAUGUUUAUCAUCUAACCUAGUGAGACAUAAAAGAUGUUAAUACACACAAGAGAUUAUUGCCACUGUUUAGUUUUGUAAACAGCCUUUAUUUCAGUAUCCAUCCAUCGCUUUUCUGACCCAUGCAAUCUAAGUUUAAUUCAAUUCAGCUCAAUUUAUUAUUGCAUAAUGUUCUUCACUGAGUGCUGGCUCAGAGUACAUACAUUAUUGUAUUUUGAACUAUAAUACACUAAAAGAGGUUAUUAAGCCAUAUAAAUUGUGUGCAUAAAGACAUAAGUUACAUUACAGUAAAACAGAAUGAAUUUCAAUGGUUAACAUUAGCAUACCAUUACAGUAUAAAGGCCUGUUAACAUUAUAAUUGACAUAUAACCAGCCAAAAUAAUUGGAGAAGUAAACAAAAAUCCAGAUAAAAGCAAAUAAAACAGUUAACACUUACAUUCAGAGUCAAGGGAAGUCAACUUAUAACACAUUUAUGCAAAUCUAGUUUUGGUAUGAUGACAAGUUAAUAAUGAUAUAGCUAAUAAAUGUUUUAGCAUCCUGUUGUAUCUAAAUAUUUUUUUCUCUAUGUUGCUAUUGAAGUGUGCACUGUGACAAAUGUAUCAAGAUGUUCUGCGUAGUACUUUAGUUUAUGUGGUGAAACAUACCUUCACUAUGCAGGGCUAAAAUGUCAAUGUGGGAAAAAAAAUGUUUCGCUUUGCAUAAUACACGGAUGACUUGGCAACAACAGUGAUACAUGAUGUAGAAUACUUGUAAUUUGGAAGAAAGGUUUGUAUUGAUGACACUAACUUUUGCUGAAAUAAUAAUGCACAUGUCAAACAAUUUGAAAAAAAUUCCUUUAAUUAAAAAGUUUGUAUUAUAUCUGUGCAAAGUCAAAUGUGAGUGAAUUUUUGAAUGACACUAACGUAAAUCUGUCAGCUUGAGUUGCCCAUUCUAGUUAAUUUUAGCUGACUGUAUUAUAGGGUAGAAGAUGCAUCAGGUGGAGUAAGCUAGGCAGGUGUCUGUAUCUGGCUGUAAACCUUAGUAAUAAUCCGAUUUCAGUUCUUCCCAAAUUUAAACAUAUAUACACCCCAUUAUUGCAUUCACCUUUGAUUCUGUAGGACAAAUAUUUUAAUCUACCUUGAACAUCUACAAAUUGGGAUUUUUGUAAUGAUCAUAACAAUUGGAUUGUUUAUUUUUAAAGUUUAACUUAGGUUUUGCAUUGUACAGCCAUUAAUGUGGCAAAGACAACCACUGUUGACUGACCACAUUUGCUGCUCAGUUUUUUUAUUUUAGUUUAAUAAUGAACAAAAGUAUCUAAUAAACCCCCAGGAAAGGACACAGAUAAAUAUUAAUUUGUAUUUCAUGUGAAUUGCAUGAAGUCUUUCAUUGGAGUAUCCUUCUCUUAACUUUCAAAGAAAUAAAUGUUCCACAUAAUUGGAAAUCAGUGUGUCCAUUUUUUACUAUGAAUAUUCUUUUGUAUAACCCCUGUUCCCUGGUUUUAAGAUUAUGCAAAAUAAUGUUCUCAUUUAAGAUUCUUUGUGUUUUUCAAAUUUAUACUGUUACAGUAACAUUAAUGUACAAUAUGUCAAUUUUUCCUGAAAAGUAUUAAUCUUAUUUAUAUACUGUAUGUAUUACAGUAAUUUCUACAGUAACUGGUAUCUGAUUUCAAGGCUGAAAAAGGAUGUGCUCCCACCUUGGAAUAAUGUGUGAAGCAUGUUUUUCAUGUAGCUUUCAAAGUGGUUUUAUCUGUUAAUAAAUAAAAUGUCUCUUACACCUUUGA